AAUUUAUUAAAUAUCGCAUUCAUUAAAACCAGGUAAGCAGGCGUCUCGUCAUCAUUAUAUACAAAGUACAGAUCGCCGCGAUAGACGGCUGGUUUUUAGAAAGCGUCAGCUUAAAGUCCUAAUAGCCAGCAGAGUGCCAUACGGUGAAAGCGAUAAUCGUUGGAUGCAUAACACGAAACUCUCCACGAAAACAUUUGGUUUCAGUUUUGAAUUUGUUUAUAGUCAAGAAAGAAAUUUGUGCAAGGCGAAUGCACAUGAAGUUUUGAAAGAUGACGUCCUCAGACUUGAAACUGAUUAAGGAAUGGUUGUUAAAGCAGGCCCAUCUUCCUCACAAUAUCGAUGACAACCUGCUGAAAAGAUUUCUGCAAUGCAGCAAAAACAGCAUAGAAAAAUCAAAGAACCUGAUAGAGCUGUUCUAUACAGUACGCUCACAAGCACCAGAGAUAUUCUCAAACAGGGAUCCUAAGCAGCCCGAACUUCAAAUAAUAUUUGAGAAUAUCGAUUUUCUGCCACUGCCUACGUUGACUGAGGACAACUGCAAGGUUUUCUUAUACCGGAUUUUGACUAGUGACGUGGAUAAGUACGACUUUGUGAAUGGGGUAAAAGCUUUCUUUAUUUUUGCUGAUGUACGAAUGGUCUCCGAGAAUGAAAUUCCGGAAGGUGAAAUACCAAUAUUCGAUAUGAAAAAUUUCACACUGAGGCAUCUUACAAAAAUCGUACUCCCUGUUCUUAAAAAGUACAUGAUCUAUACACAGGAGGCUCAUCCAAUCAGACUACGUGCUAUCCACCUAUUAAACACUCCCCCCUUCCUAGACAAAUGUAUGGCUUUUGUGAGGCCAUUUUUGAAAGCAGAAGUAGCAGAAAUGCUACACUGUCAUUUGCCAGAUUCUGAAACCCUGUAUCAGUAUGUGCCUCGGAAGUGUCUCCCUGUGGAAUAUGGAGGCGAAUCUGGACUUACGUGUGAGGAUAUUAAGAAGGAAUGGAUGGAUAAGGUUAUGAAAUAUAGGGACUAUCUCAUAGAUGAGUCGAGAUGGGCUGUGGAUGAAAACAAAAGAACAGGAGACAAAAGACAAACAGGCAUGGAAGGAUCUUUUAGAACGCUUAGUAUUGAUUGAAAAAAUGAUCACUUUCACGUUGUUUGUUAUUAUAUGUAUACGAAAAAUAAUUACAUAGCAAAUGGUGAAAGCUGCAAUGACAGUUUUCUAUUCCGGGGUUCCUAAUUACAUGAUAAUAUUUAAGGAUGCGAUUUUUGUGUCCAUUUUAAGGCUUCAAAUGAAAUUUUCUGCUUAUAUUGGAGCACAAAAAUCGCCCCCUCAAAUAUUGAGAUUCGAUUAGGAAACACCCUGUAUAGAGCUAUGUUUCUAGACGAUUUAUAAAGGAGAUUCUGCAAAACUAUAUCAGUGUUUUAUAUUAUAAAAAAUUAAAAUGAAUUUACAUAAUUUUAUAAAUA